AUGGCCGCUUUAUCAGAGCUUUCUCAGCGAACCUUGGAGGGGGUUCGAUCACUCGAGCAGAGCUGGCUGGAAUUGUGCAUGGAUUGA